AUGUUCAUCCUCAGAGUCCACUCGGUUGACUUGGAGCGACCAAUCUCCAUUGAAGAAGAAGAAUCUGGUUUCGGUUUCAUCUCCGCAUCAUCGAAGAAAGCUCAGCCUCCCGAUAAACUCAAACUCACCGAACGCAAAGGACUUAUCCAUCUCUAUCGCAACUCUUCACAUAGCUCGCUCCCAAACCCUAGCUCUCGAUCCACCACUCUCUUCGUCGUCGCUGUUCCCAAUUACCUUUCCUCUUUCGAUUUUAUCCGAUUCUGUGAGUCCUGCAUCGACCAUGUCUCCGAAAUCCUCUUCAUCAGGAAUGAUGGAAUGGAAGAUCGAUAUAGUGUUUUGAUCACACUUUCUGAUCAAUCAGCAGCAGAUGGAUUCCACAAGAAUCUGAAUGGGAAGAAAUAUGCACCAUCUGAGGCUGAGGUUUGCCAUAUUCUAUAUGUACUAUCGGUGGAACACACGGAAUUUGAUGAGCUUGCUGCUUCCCCACCUGCUGGUUUUACUGAGUUACCUACUUGCCCGAUAUGUCUUGAGAGAUUAGAUCCUGACACCAGUGGUAUACUCAGCACACUUUGCGAUCACUCGUUUCAGUGUUCUUGCACUUCAAAAUGGACUUAUCUGUCUUGUCAGGUUUGUCGAAUGUGUCAACAACAAGAUGAGAUAUUAAGCUGUUCUAUUUGUGGAAAAACAGAGAAUGUAUGGGCAUGCCUUGUCUGUGGCUUCUUAGGUUGUGGAAGAUACAAGGAAGGGCAUUCUAUCAGGCACUGGAAAGAAACACAUCACUGCUAUUCUCUUGAUUUACGAACACAACAAAUCUGGGAUUAUGUUGGUGACAGCUAUGUCCAUCGUUUAAACCAUUCAAAAAUAGAUGGAAAGUCAGUAGAGAUAAACACCCGUUGUUUGUCACACGAAGGAGACUGUGGCCUCUGCGAAUGGAGUGAGGAUACGGGAUUUAGCGGAGCCAUCUUCAACAGCAAAGUUGAUUCAAUUGUAAGCGAGUAUACUGACCUUCUUGCGAGUCAGCUGGGGACACAACGACAGUACUAUGAAUCUCUGAUUGUUGAGGCGAGAAGCAAGCAAGAGACUAGUAUUGCCGAAGCAGUUGAGCAGACUGUUGUUAAGAAAAUGCAGGAGCUUCAGAAUGAGAUUGAAAAAUGUGAAGCGGAAAAAAGUGAAAUCACUGAAGUUAAUAGAAAGCUUAUAAAAGAGCAGGAAACUUGGCAGAAGAAAGCCAAGGAAAUAGAAGAGAGGGAAGCUGCAAUGUUACGAUCAAAAGACGAGAUGAUAGUUGAUCUUGAAGAACAGUUUAGAGAUAUAAAGGUUUUCGUCGAAGCCCAGAAAACCCUAAAGAAGAUGUCAUCAGAUUCAGAUGGUAUACGCGAAGGAACCGUAUUACCAGUGCCUAUCAACGAAGAGCCAGUUUCCUCAGUGAGAAGGCAGAAGAAGUCAAACCGGAGAAAGUGA